CAACUGUUUUCUGCCGCUGCUUCGGGCGGGAGUUUAAACGGAGACACUUGGUGACCGAGAUGUCGGGCGGUGAGGAGCCAGUGGCCGUCAAGUGCUGGGAGCGCUUCGGCUCCAGGAACCCUCGCAGCUGCACCAUAGCUCCCGAUGGGAGCCUGAGCUGGGAGGCUGGCGGCGGGCCCGGGCAAGGCCUGAGAGCCGCUCUCACGGCUGUGUUCCUGCCCCAUGGCUUCCCUGACAGUGUCAGCCCAGACUACCUGCCUUACCAGCUGUGGGACACGGUGCAGGCUUUUGCCUCCAGCCUCACAGGCUCCUUGGCAACCCAAGCUGUCCUUCAGGGGGUUGGGGUGGGAGAUGCAGCUGCUUCUGUCUCAGCUGCCACCAUCACUUGGCUUUUAAAAGAUGGAACUGGCAUGCUGGGGCGAAUUGGUUUUGCCUGGUUGAUGGGGAGCAGACUGGAUUGUGAGGCCAAGAAAUGGAGGCUCUUCGCUGAUGUUCUCAAUGAUGCAGCCAUGUUUCUAGAGAUUGUGGCCCCAGGAUUCCCAUCCUGCUUUACCCUCAUUGUUUGUGUCAGCAGCUUAGCCAAGUGCAUUGUGGGAGUAGCAGGAGGAGCCACACGGGCAGCACUUACCAUGCACCAGGCCAGAAGAGACAAUAUGGCUGAUGUUUCAGCCAAAGAUGGGAGCCAGGAGACUCUAGUGAACUUGGCAGGAUUGCUGGUCAGUCUUUUACUUCUUCCUCUGGUUUCUAAUCGGCCAAGUCUCAGUCUUGCUGCCUUCUUCCUUUUUACAAUCCUUCAUCUGUAUGCCAACUUCCGAGCUGUUCGGGCUGUCAUUAUGGAAACAUUCAAUGAAGCACGACUUUACCUUGUCCUAAAGCACUUCGUUCAAUGGGGAAAGGUCCUAACACCCCCCUCAGCCAAUCAUAUGGAACCACUGUGGACAGGUUGCCGCCCUGCCCUGUCCCUGUCCCUGGGUGUUCCCCUGCACAGCCUGGUCUCAAGCGCCUUUGAACUACAGCAGGUGAGUGAAGGACACCAACAGCCCUAUCUCCUACGCUGGGACCGAUGCCGAGGUCAGAUACAGGUGACUUUGGGCCAGGAAGUAAAUGCUGGGGUCAUUCUGAGGGCAGCGACACAUGGACUUUUGCUGGCAACUCUGUUGGAGGAUGUGCCCCUUAUGGAAGAGCUGGAAACCCUGAGGGGUCAAAUCAGGGCAGCCCCUAAAGGAGACAGUUGGACCAUUGUCAAGGAAACUUACCAAAUCCUUGAUAGACUCUACCCCAAGUUCUUGAAAGAUCUACAGGCCGUAGGCUGGGAGACAGAGCGUCAUCUGUUGGAGGUGGAUGAGUGGCGAGCCACGUGGCCCUUGCAGAAGAAGACUUUGUGAAUGCCCUGCUGUCACCUGGAUAUAAAUGAGGCCAGAUGGGGACCAGGAAUGCUCUGGAGAUGGAUCAAGGGAAUAAGGAGGUUUCUAGAGAAACUGAGCCACUGUCAACAAAAGAACCUCUCAUGUCAUCAACUUUUCUGUUUUCUUUAGGCGGGAGUACUUUAUCUGUGCUACCAUUUUUUAAAUUACAUUGGACUCUCCAGA